GUUUGAUCUGUCCCGCGCGAAACACUUCUCUGUACUAACGCCUUUGUUCAUGAAAGGGGUUCCUUGCAUCCGUGUAUCCCACUACCUCUCUAUAUUCAUUCCUCCUACGUCCCGUCAGGCUUGCUAUAUCUGAGGCUGUCAUCUCGAGCGAAGCCACUUGCUCGCGAUCAUCCUUUCUGGGUUUCAGCAUGCUUCACGAAUUCCCGCCGUCACACGCCGAAACCGACAUGCUGUUCAAGUCGUUCAAAACUCGAUACAGCGAUGGUCGUGACCGUUCAGUGUCUCCCCGCUCCGUGCUCGAAUGCCCGCCGUUCGAGGUGCCUCUCAACAGUCCUCCCCCUCUGCACCCCGCGUUUCUUGUGUGGUGCCCGAAGACGAGGGGACUGGAGUUCGCACAACCCCCGUCGCCCCCUUCACCGUACUUUGGCGGGCGAAGGCGCCUCCCCUCCGAGAUAUCCACAAUCUCUACCAGUUCUACAGAUUCCUCGGGGUUCUUUGAUGCCAGCGACCGCGAAGACGAUUUUGAAGACUUUGCGUGGCCGCCCGUCCCGCCACCCACGCCCCUUUUGUAUCAGGAGUCCGUGUCAGACACGGAUACUGCCGAAGAACCGUACCAGCUGCCGGCUGCGGCGGCGGUCGAAUACUUGGACAGACCUCCGAUUUCGUCCCGUCAUCUGCCGCCUGGUCACUCUUCGUUAUACAGGCUCCCUAAAGACAACCUCUAUAAGACGAAACCGUGCAAGUUCUACUUCACGGACAAGUCAUGCAUCAAGGGAGACAAGUGUAACUUCAUCCAUGACGAAUGGGAACGUGCGCUUCGCCCCUCUCGCCCUAAGAGCGAAAAGCGAAUGCCACCUCCCCUUUCUACCCUGGGUCGCCGGCCUACAGGUGAGGCGCCCAGGCAGCCCCACCCCACAACCCCGAGGCCGACAGAGCUUCAUGCCCAUGCACUACCGAAGCGACCUGCAGAGGAUGCGCAGAGGGCGCGCAAUCCAAACUUCUAUCCCAUCACAUGGCGCGUCAUCGGUGGCGGCGUUCUGAUGGGCGGCAGACGCGAAAUCUGUCAAGAAUUCAUGGCUGGACGCUGCCAUGAGGGCGCCGACUGCAAGUACGCGCAUCCUGGUGAUGACGGGGAAGACUCGUCACUCAGCAAUCUGUAUCCGUACAUGUCCCCACUAUCCCCGGUUCAAGAGGAACCGGCGUACGUUCCUUCUAACCAUUCCCCUGUCGCCCUGCUACACCAACCCUCCAUCUGUUCGCCGGUUCUGCGCUCCCCACCUCUGUCAGCACACAUUCCGUCGUCUUACACAGACGAACGUCGUCGCCGCGGGCGGAGAGCCAAGAAGCCACUCACCAUCAUCCCCCCUCCCAUACCUGAGCAGCCCGAGCUGGUGGGCUAUUCUGCCCAUCGGGUGCUGGACGGAAGUACGCUCCUUGAGUUGGAAACGUCGCCGCCACCAGCGGCGGAGACGCCCGACCUUUCGCCGGACCGUCUCGACGUUGCGUCUUUGGCGCGCUCACUUGUACGACCGUUGUCUACUCCGCCAAGUCUAAGCGGGCCACGACCUCAGGUAGUGAACCUGUUCGCUGCAGAGAUGCCUUAGGGCGGUGCUUCUAUAGCAAAGCAUCUUGGCCUGGGCUCACCCUGUUCAUCGUUAUUCGAUCUUUCUGCAUCGUGGUCUACGUACUGCAUCACCGUUAUCUGUUUCCCACUCACCCGCAUACCCUCUCUCCAUCCACGCAUCUGC